AUGGCGUGGAAGAAGCGUCAAUUUAAGCGAGAAUCCGAAGAAUACGUACCGAAGAGGAAUUUCGAUGCGAUGGCUCUCCGAAAUCGGCAUCGACGGAAGCUUCACAGGUACAUAAAUUCCUUCACAAAUAUGCGAUAA